AUGUGUUACCAUGACCUCCUGCUUUUCUUUUUGCCAACAGGAUCUGUUUUUACACUGAAAGUUCAAGUAAAUGACAUCAUCAGCCAUCAGUACCUGCGACAAGCGGUGGUGGAGGUGUUUGUUAACUACACCCUGACAAAUUCUACUCUUACUGGAAACAAUGGAGCAGUGUUAAUAAAAAUCCCCUACAAAUUAGGAUUAAGCUUAACUAUUGUCUCAUACAAGGAUGGCUACCUGCUGACACCUUUGCCUUGGAAGACGGCAAGAAUGCCAAUAUACUCGUUGGUGACGCUCUCAUUAUUCCCACAAAGUCAAGCUAAUAUAUGGCUGUUUGAAGAUACUGUCUUAAUUACUGGAAAACUGUCUGAUGCCAAAUCUCAACCGAGUGUUCAGUUUCCUAAAUCACUGCUAAAGCUCCCAACAAAUCAUAUUGCAAAUGUUACAGCUUAUCUGACAGUGCCAGAGCAAUUUUUGAAAGUGGACAGCUUUCUCCAAACAACAGGAAUUAUUCUAAAUAAAUCAGGAUUCAAAAGCAUGGAAUUAACUCCUCUGGCUGCCAUAUGUGUAAAUGUUCUUUUGGCUGGGAAAGAACUGAACAUAAAUGGUCCCAUUCAGGUUACACUUCCUCUUCCCACAACUACUGUCAAAUCAGGAGAUGCUGUACCUGCCUGGACAUUUGAUAUGAAAAUUGGUGCUUGGGUAAACCGUGGGCUAGGAAUGGUCAAGGAGGUGGAUAGUCAGUUAGUAUGGACAUACACUGCUCAGCACUUGGGCUACUGGAUAGCAGCUCCACUGCCUGGAACCAGAGAAUCCAUUAUUAGUGCUGUAUCCAAGGACAUAACAGCCUAUCACACCAUGUUCCUUACGGCCAUUUUGGGAGGAACUGUUGUCAUUAUCAUUGGAUUUUUUGCUGUUCUUCUUUGUUACUGCAGGGAUAAAUGUGGUCGGACACAGAAGAAGGAGAAAAACACAACCAAGCUGGAGGUCAUAAAAAAAGAUCAGACAACGUCAACAACUCACAUAAAUCACAUCAAUGCUGUCAAAGGGUCUUUAAAGCUGGAGGAUAAGUCUCAGUUAUAUACAGCGAAGAGUUCUUCAUACAGCCCUCAAAGAAGGCUGUCCAUAGACACAGAAGAUGGGAAAUCACAAGACAAUUUUAAAAUCUACUCAGAGGAUGCUUCUUAUCAGUCAUCCUGUCAGACUGGUCAGGCAGGAAAUUCAGCCCAUUCAGUGGAGCCCAGUGCUGGAGUGAGGCUUUUACAGCAGCCCAAGCACAGUAACAGUACUAUUCCCCAGGCUCCUAGGGAUAUUCCAGACCAAAACAGGUACCUUUCACUGAAAGAGGAGAUGUAUGGGCUCACCCAUAUCCCAGAACACCUAAUGCAUAUUUACAAUCAGCCUAUUGCUAUUCUUCAAACCUCAGACCUUUUCCACUCCCCAGAACAACUGCAUCCUGCUAAAUCCGCAACAUUGCCAAGGAAAGGGCAGUUGGUGUAUGGCCCCAUGAUGGAACCCAUGAGUCGAGACAGUUACAUGCAAACACUCCCCAAAAUGCCCGGGCACUCCCUUCCCCAGCCCUCUGCCUGCAGAGAUGAGAACGGUGCCCUGGGUGGUGAAGAGGGCUUGCCUUCCCAAGCAUCCAACUGGGGCAGGUACACCAACAGCUUACUGGAAUCUGUCUCUGUUCCUGGGACAUUGAAUGAAGCAGUUGUAAUGACUCCCUUUUCAUCCGAACUUCAAGGGAUUUCAGAACAAACGUUGCUGGAACUCUCUAAAGGAAAACCAUCUCCGCAUCCUCGAGCGUGGUUUGUGUCCCUGGAUGGAAAGCCAAUUGCUCAAGUGAGGCAUUCUUUCAUAGAUCUGAAAAAGGGCAAAAAAACUGAGAGUAAUGAUACCAGUCUGGACUCUGGUGUGGACAUGAAUGAGCAUCAUCCUAACAGGAAACUGGAGAGAGAGAAGACUUUCAUUAAAAGUAUGCCACAUUCUAAGAUUCUUUACUUGGAAGAUCUGGAUCUGAGUAGCAGUGAAAGUGGGACCACUGUUUGCACUCCAGAGGACCAGGCUGUGAGACACAUUAUGGAAGGAGGGAAUGGGCGAGUCCUGGAACAGCAUGAUGAGGAAGGUCUAAGGAAAAAAUCUCUACCAGGAAGUCAUGAAUCUGGUAUCCCUUCUGCUAAAAAAAGGGAUAGACCACCUCUCAUGAAAAGAGAUAGCAAAACCAACAUCUGGAAGAAAAGAGAGGAGAGGCCGCUUAUUCCCAUAAAUUAAAACACAAUGUGCUUUGUGCUGUUGCUCUCCCUGCUGGUUGUUGAUCUCUUGCCUGCUUCUGUAAUUCUGCAGUGUUGGGUUUACAUGGGAAAUGUUGUUUUCUAGUAUCAAGAGAAGUUUCAUUUUUUUAACGUACCGAUUGAGUUACCAAACUUCAGCUGGGCAAUUGAUAUUCCAUGUGAAUUGAAAACAGGGAAAUGCUACUAUUCAACUUUUCCAGUUCCUCAUUUUACUGGCAGUAUGGGGAAGGCCCACAUUUUACUUAGCCUGUCAUUCUUGGACACACCUUUGGGAAUGCACAGUGAGAAAUGUAGGCACAUGAUUUAUGUUUUUUUUGUACUUGUAGCUAAUGCAAUGGUAGCCUAGUUAAAGCCAUUCCUCAGCCUUGUUCCUAAUCAACCUGACCAUCUGUACAGUAUUUUAUAUGUGAACUUUUCUAGGGAUCCCUUACUAUACUUUGUACAAUGUGAAAUGUUUCAUCCGUUGGUCCUGUGACACCAGCAGAUGAGCUCUGUGGGAUUUAUCAGCAGAGCUCUAAAGCAUUGCUUCCCUCUCUGUGGGCCCAACCAUGCACAAUUCCAUACACCACUGGGGAAGGGGAAGGGUACAAGUGUGGCUGCUGCAGUUCAUGGUCCCUGCCAUCUUAAGAUGUUGCCCAUCUGCUUUGUUUAAACCUGCUUUGUUGUGGCCUGUGGAUGUUGAGGACUGACAUCAGCUAUGAAGGGUCCACAUCCAGCAGAAAGGGACUGGUUCUGGUAGCAUGUGAAGCUGCAGCUGCUCCUGAUCCCAGUGUCUUGUUUUGUCUUCUUCGUCAGUGAACAUCUUCUCUUCUGCAUGCUGUUGGGCCAGCUGGGCUCCAGAAUAUCGCCUUGAAUCUCUGCAUAUUUGUAAGUGGGAGUUUGGCCCAUGCUGAAGUGUGCAAGAUUAGACAAAUUACGCCUUGGAAAUAGUUUCUUGAGCAGGAAAGCUUGGCACCGUUGCUUUUUAUUUUAUGUUUAAAACAAUGGGAGAUCAUCUGAGGUUUAUGUGCCUACAUUUUGCCAGCCUAAGCUGCUUUUGUCUAGAUUUGCAGAGGAGUUAAACAGGCUUUAAAAGUUGGGGGGAGUGUUAUGAGCAUGAGACAGCAGAUUGCAAAAAUUUGGUCUAUAAUGCAAUAUAAUUACUAUUUAUGACUCAUCUUAGAGUUAAAUUUACCAAAAGUCAUGAAUGCAUGAAUUGUAACUAAGAUAUGUAUAGAGGAAGGAAAGGCCAUCAGGAUAUUCUUUAAUUUUAAUGUUCAUCUUGUCAAAGUGAUCAUUUCAACUUUGGCUAACAGAAAAAUGGAUGCAUCUCCUAAUGUGCUUCAUAUAGUAAACAGAAUGUACUUCUGUGGUUUUGAGGCUGUUUCCCUGAUGAAAUAAGUUCCAGCAUUUUGGCUUUGGCAGUUUGAUUACAAAUCAUCCUACAAAGGCUUUAUAAAUCUUUCUCUUAGAUCUUGGUUAAGGUUCUGUACCAAGACCCAAACAUACAAUGCCUAUAUUUGAAUUGUGAUGUGAGUGGUGCUUGGUUGCCUGCCUGUAGUAAACUCAAGAGUUGGGAAGUAUCCUAUACUGGGCUUCUGGGAAUAUUUACUCAGGAAAUAUUACUGUGAAAUAUGUCUGUUGUGUUGGGAUUGUCAGUUGUCUGGUGCUGUUUCUAGAACAAUAUGGAAGGCAACCAGGAUGGUACCAGCAAUGCAUCAGUCCAAACUGAGCAUUUGCUUCAUGAACGAAAUGUUCCUGUUGAGCUCACAAGCAUGAAAAUGCAAAUUACAUUUGAUACAGGUGUGUGUGUGAUGGGUUGGCCUUGGCUGGAUGCCAGGUGCCCAUCAAGCUGCUCCCCUUUCCCAGCUGGACAGGGGAGAGAAAAUAAGAUGGAAAACAACUCCUAUAUUGAGAUAAAGCAAUUUGCUAAGGCAAAAGCAAAAGUCUGCGUGUGCACAAAGAGGGGAAAAAAAACCAGUUUUGUUCUCUACUUUUUGUCACCAAGCAAUGCUGCUUCCUGGGAAGCAGGGCUUCAACACCUGUAGUGGUUGCUCCAGAAGCAAACCUUGUAAAUAACAAAUGCCCCCACUUUCUCCUACUUUCCUUAGCUUUUAUAUUUGAGCUGCUGUCACAUGGUAUGGACAUCCCUUUGGGUAAUUGGGUAAGUCAGCUGGCUUAGUUGUGUCCCCUGCCAGGAUCUUGCCCACCCCCAGCCUGCUGAUUGGCAGUGAGCACUGAUGCUGUGCCAGCCCUGCCCAGCAGUAGC